AAUCACUCUACUUAUCAUCAUUUCUUUUGAUUUACAAUUGGUUUUUGAUUUGUUCAUGCAGUAACACGAUUCGUGACCAGUAACUUUAUUCCCAAGGAAAAACCAAUGAAGCCAGGAGGAACAUUUGCAUUGCAUUGAAUCCCCAUGCAGCCUCAUAUGUACCACUAUCCAAAAGAGUUGAUGAUAUGGAUGGCUUGGCCACACAUAUUGUGCAGGGACAAGAACAUAUGUUCAUGCCCAACAACGCAUCUGAAAUGGCAUACAAGCAGAUAAGAGAUGAUGAUGAUUUGGAUUUGGAGAUGGAUAUAGACAUGGAUAUUGAAUACCUUCUGGUGACAUUCUCUGGUCUCUCACAAGAGUCUAUAACUGAUGUAUACCUGGCGAACAGCGGUGAUCUUGAAGCAACCAUUGAGAUGCUGAAUCAGCUUGAGAUAUACAGCACUGAAGCUCAAGAACACCUCCCAGAGACAUUGGAUAUUGGGGAUCUCUGUGAAUCAGGGCCAUCAAGCUCAAAGGCGUCAACACAAAAGAAGGCAGCUAUAGAAAUCGCUGUAUCGUCACCUUAGGUGGUUAUUCCUAAUGCAACUGUAUCAGCCUGAUCUGAUAUAUCCUUUGCUGUGAAGUUCUUAUGUAU